AUGACGAUCGAAGGCAACAAGGACGACGCUGAAAGGUGUAUAGAGAUUGCGCAAAAUGCCUUUGCAGCAGGAAAUGUAGAAAAAGCAGAACGAUUUUUACAAAAAGCCGAACGAUUAUACCCAACUGCACGUGCUAAAGAGCUCCUAACCCGAGUUAGGGCUGCAGGCGCUUCGGGAAAUGUACCUAAACGUACACCCCCGAGCAGCCCUAGCGCUGAGGAGGUAAGACGAAGGAAAACACCAACCCACCAGGCUCCACAAAGAGAAUAUACAUCAGAACAAUUGGAAUUUGUCCGCAGGGUGAACACCAAGUGCAAGGAUUACUAUGAAAUACUAGGAGUGACCAAAGAAGCAACAGAUUCUGACAUUAAGAAAUCUUACAAGAAACUUGCUCUUCAACUCCAUCCCGACAAGAACCAUGCACCAGGAGCGGCGGAAGCAUUUAAAGCAAUAGGUAACGCGGCGGCAAUACUAACAGAUCCAGAGAAGCGCAAGCAGUACGACCUGCGCGGGGAUGAACCCGUGCACGCCCCACACCAGCACCACCAGUACUACGCUCGUGGGUUCGAAUCCGACCUAACUGCUGAGGAGCUCUUCAACAUGUUCUUUGGGGCCACCGGUGAGAUUUGCCUUUCAUUUCUACAAACCCCUGUGUCGUUAGCUUGGCUUUUAACUAAG